UGAGAUGGUUGAGAACGACACACAUAACUCUUUAGUUUUUGACAACGUAGAGCACACUUCAGAUUUUAGGAGCAAGACAACUAGUCAGAAUGUUUUUUGUUGCCGUCUUUGCUCUGCUGGUUGCCUUUGCUGCGGCUGAUCUCAGGCCACAUUACUCGUUCUCUCAGCCGGUUGGGUCAGGAGGUGGGAGCUCCUACGCGAUCACCGGUCAGGGAAGAAUCACCGCUGUGCGAAUUUGGGAAAACUAUAAUAGCCACAUCCAAGGCAUCCAGUUCCGGUACGGAUACAUCUGGUCCUCUGGUGCUGGCUAUACCUACGGAAACAACCAGGAAUUUCAGCUGUACGACGGAGAAGCCAUCAUCCAGAUUUCUGGGAAGUAUUCCUACUACCUGCAGUCCGUCGUCUUCACAACCAACCGGGGUCGCUCCCUAUAUGUGGGUCAGCCGUCUGGCACUUCCUUCAACAUGUACCCGGAUCACCCCGAGGCCGAGCUGAUCUUCAUCAGCGGCCAUGUGAACGGAGGCCUCACCUCCUUGGGAGCCCACUGGGCGAUCGUCGAUCCGUCCUUGAGCCCAACCAACAGCUCUUCUAGAUAUUAAGGUCUGAGCAGACGACAGAUGUUGGGAUCUGAAAUCUGAGUCACAACUUUUUUACUGCACUGGUUUAAUUGCAAUUAAGACUCUUGAAGGAUUUAUUUUGAUUAAAAUCCAUCCUUCAAGUUGUCGUCAUCAGAAAUUUAAUUCAAGGUCAAAUCUGCUGGGUUUUUGUUCUUGCACUUAUGUUAAAAUCAAUUAUGAUCUUUUUUCUGAAAACACAAUGAUGUUUAUGUUAACUGUUGACUUGAAAAUAUGAUUUAUGAAUAAACUGCAGCUGCCUUCACUUUUAAAAAA